CGACGAUAUUAACUUGCGAUCAAUUUUAUUAACGCACAGAUAAAUUAUUUCUCGUUUAUAAUAAUAUUAUACGUUUACACGCCGUACAGAUUUUCGUUCUUAUGUCUCGCGUCAGACGUUACAGUACAAUAUUAUACACCUAAUAUAAUACGUACCUAUAUAAUAUAAAUGAUCUUCGUGGCUGUAUAAUUGCAUGCAUCGUCUUAUGAUCUUGAACAAAGUUAACUGAUCCAAGUGGCUGGAAACGGAAUUGUACAAGGGCACCAAGUAGAAGACCAAACAUUUACAAGGAUCAGAUCCAAGAAUUGUGUUAUUUGUGUUAAGACAUAAGACAUAUAACAUACACGCGUGACAAUGCAUUUAACUGCAUUUACUGCAGUGUGUUUAGUAAUUUAUUCGUGUCUACGUUCAUCAACUGUCUAUGGCUAUGAACAAAUUAUGGUUGAAAACGGCGACUGUUUUCUGAAGGCGUCCGACAGCGACGCGCCCAAAAUGCCAAUACCGUUCACUAGCAACGGCAAACGGUACUCGAUCAUCUAUCCGGACGCCAAAGGCAGGCUGAACGUGAAGAGCGGACUGAGCUUCAAGCUUUCGUGCGGUACUUCGAAAUUCGCGUCGAACGCGAUACGGCAGAACGGCACGGCCGACGCGCUGGUCACGUGCGUCGGCAACGACUUGCUCGCGUACCGCGGAGAGACGUACCAGUACACGGAAUUCCGAUGCAACGACAUGCCAAAGUCGGAACUCCGGGUCACCGGCGAAAUGUGCCAGCCGGCCAACUACACCGUGGCCACGGUGGGUUUCCGGACGGACAGAGCGUUCCUCCAGCUGUACAGCAUGUGCUUCGACAAGUCGACCAAGAACAGUCUGUACACGUGGUACGACGCCCGGUCGCCGUACUACGACAACCACCAGAAGUACAGCAAGCGACCGUCGUUCAUCAAUUCCAAGGAACUGUACGGCAAAACGGACGUGAACAAGAAAUACACCCUCAAAGAACAGAAAAAAACCGUGGCGCUAAUUCUCAGAUCGGAACAACUUGCAGAUAAGUACAUAAGAAAUGAUAACAAACACUCGCUAUCUCGAGGUCAUUACGCAGCCAAAGCUGACUUCUUCUUUGCUUAUGAACAAACUGCAACGUUUUACUACGCAAACGUAGCCCCGCAGUGGCAGAUCUUUAACGGCAACAUGUGGGCCGACCUGGAACAGUCGACCCGGACCAAGUUGGACCAGGACAGCGGCAAGUCCAGACACAUAAUCAUCACCGGCACGUACGACGUGUGCACGCUGGCCGACGUAGACGACGUCCAGCAACCGCUGUACCUCGACCUGCCCGGCAGCAUAACCGUGCCGCUGUUCUACUGGAAGCUGUACUACGACGUGGACACGGCGGACGGCAUCGUGUACAUCGGCCUCAACAACCCGUACAAGACGAUCGACGACAGCGUGUUCAUAUGUCCGAACAUAUGUCCGGACGGAUACCAUGGUCGAGGUUACCUGGACAAAGGUAGCGAGAACGACGACCCCGAACCGGACGCCAACAAUGGCCUCAUCUACUGCUGUACCAAAGAGUCGUUCGAAAAUGUUUACGGCAAGCUGGACCCAAUCGUAUAUCGUCCGCUUAUGUGAACGGAAAAUCCGAAAUCCUAACAGCGUCACAGACUAUACAUUAUAUAGUCACCUACCUAUACCUAAACAUUAUAUCCGUUGGCGUCUUGGCGAUGAUGAACAACAUAAUCCUAAAUUGUUGCAUUCAUUAACAAACGACAACAAAUGGAUAGGUACGCGUUACACUCGUAACAAUAUAUAUACGAGUAUAAGAUAUUAAUAGUAUCUAAUUAUAAUAUAAAUUAUAUGUCUUUACACAUUUAAAUAAUAAAUUAAUACAGAGUAA